AUGGGAGCUGUCAAGAGAAGUAAUAAGCACAUAGUUGCUAAGGAUAAUGGGAGCAGUGGUAAGAAGCAAAAGGUAACUGAAAAGUUGCCAUCCCCAAAGAGUGAAUCGGAGGCGGAAAGUGCAUCUGAAGAAUCUAGUGGUGAAGAGUUAUCAGACUCCUCCGAUGACGAUUUGGAUGAUAUUCCAGCAGAUGCAAAAGAUGAGGAAGAUGAGCUUGACGAGCUCGAUGACUUGGAUGAAGAUAAAAGUGCAGAUGAAGAAUCUGAUGAUAUGGAUGAGGAUGCAAGCGAUGUGAAGGAAGUUGAUCCAAACAAGAAGUCAUCUAAGGAACAACACGCCGAACAACGUAAAUUGUUGGCUGAGCGUAAGUUACAAAGAAAGUCAGGGAUUGAAGUUCAAAGAAUUAAAAGUUUGUGGGAAAAGUUAAGAGUUAAUAAGCCAACUCCUCCAAAGGAAGUCAGAGAUAAAUUAUGUAAUGAAAUUUGGGAGUUAUCUAAGGAUGUCAUAUACGAUUUGGUUUUAAAGCACGACGCCUCUCGUGUUGUCCAAACAUUAAUUAAAUACUCAUCAAAAGAAAGAAGAGACCUUAUUGUUAAGUCUUUGAAAGGUAACUAUUAUCAGUUAGCCACAUCGUCUUAUGGUAAAUAUUUAUUGGUUAAAUUAUUACAUUAUGGCUCAAAGGAGUCCCGUAAUCUUAUUAUCAAUGAACUUCACGGAAAAUUGCGUAAGUUGAUGAGACAUAGAGAAGGUGCAUACGUCGUUGAAGAUUUAUAUGUGUUGUAUUCGACCAGUGAACAGAGACAACAAAUGAUCAGAGAAUUUUGGGGUGCUGAAUACGCUGUUUUCAGAGAUUCAGGUAAGGAUAAAACAGUUUUAGAUAUAGUCAAUGAGCUGUCUGAAAAGAAACAGUUAAUCAUGACCAAUUUGGUUGGAACUAUCACAGCUACAGUUGAAAAAGGAUCCACUGGAUUCCAAAUUUUACAUGCAGCUAUGAGAGAAUAUACCACUAUUUUAGUAGACGAUAUCGAAAAGAAUGACAAACAAAUUAGAGAUUUCAUUGAAUUAUUGACAGAGCAAUUUGCAGAAUUGGUUCACACUCCCGAAGGUAGUGAAGUUGCAUGCUCGUUAAUCGCCUUGGCCAACGCUAAAGAACGUAAAUUGAUCAUAAGAUCAUUAAAAAGCCACGCCAAUGAAUUAAUUAAGAAUGAAAAUGGUAAUAUUGUUUUAAUUACCUUAUUCAUGACUGUUGAUGAUACUGUCUUAUUACAUAAGUCAUUCAGUACAGAAUUACUUACUGAUGAUUUAGUUCCAGAAUUAAUAAAAGAUAAGUUUUCUCGUAGACCAUUAUUAUAUUUAUUGAAAGGAUUAGAUGGAAGAUACUUUUCACCAUUAAUAAAGAAAGAUUUAAACAAAUAUGAAGAAUUGGCUUAUAAAAAGACUUCUAAAAAACCACAAGAACAAAGAAGAUCAGAAUUAUCAUCAAAGGCAUUACCAUUAAUGUAUCAAUCAAUUUUAUCUACAACUAAGUCCGAGAACCCAGACAAGGGUUUUGAUAAACUCUUAUCAGUAAAUAUAGCCGCACAAUUCAUAACAGAGUUGAUAUUAACAUCAACCGAUGUUGCUGAAAUUAAUGAUACAUUAAGACCUGAAUUAAUCGAUGCAAUUUUUGAAAUAUCAGUUAAGGGUGAUGUAUUAGAAGAUUUCCAUUUAAUUAAUAAAGUACCAUUUAUUUCUAGAUCGUUAAAGGCAUUAAUCCAAGGGAAUGAAUUCAAAUGGGAUAAUGAUACUAAAAAGCUUAUCUCUACUUCAAAUAAUAAGAUUCCAGGAGUUGGUGUAGAAUUCGCAGUGAGAGUUGUUGAUGAAGUAUUAUCCACUAAUAAAUUGAAAGACUGGACAAGUGGUCAAGGUGCCUUUGUUAUUGUUGCAUGUUUUGAAGUUUUACAAUUACUGAAUGAAAAUGACAAAACAAAAGAAUUAGGGAAAGCAUUAAAGAAAAUUAAAAAGGAUUUAUCUAAUGAUUCAGAUAACAAGGGUGCCCAAUUGUUAUUGAAGCUUAUUAAAUAG